AUGAAAAUCUGCAAAACGGAUACAGUAUGUUUGCAAGAACUGAGGUAUAAAAUGGAUACACGCGCGAUGGUCUAUCUAAAUCGCCAAAGAAUGACUUAUCCAUGCAAGAAUUGUGGCAAGAUCUACAGCUACUACUCCAGUCUGGCUAGGCACUUAAAACAUGAAUGCGGUGUGGAACCCAAGAUUCAAUGUCCUUUAUGUCCAUAUAGGACAAAGCACAAAUCAAGCCUGAAUACUCAUCUAAACGGCAGACACAUGAAAUUUUGGAACGAGAUAUAUUCGUUGCCUAAUGAAUGGCAUCCCGGCACUGUAGAAGAGAUCGAUCCUCUGGAAUUGAUCGCAUCGCGGGAUGACAAAACAAAUUGGACAACUACGUCAAAGCGCUUCUGGUGUCUUCGUUGCGGGCGAUCUUACAAGUUCAAGAAGUCAUUACGUCGACAUGUCAAGAUUGAAUGCGGCAAGGCACCAAAGCAUAAGUGCCCUUACUGUCAGCACCGCAGCAAAUACAGGAACAAUUACGCCAAGAUGAAUUAUUACGUGACUCAAGUAGUGAAGGACCGACGUCGUCGUGGUCAGGGUCGUUUCAUCUGUGACAACUGUGACCGCCGUUAUCAUCACAUGAAGAAUCUGAGAAGACAUGUGACAAAUGAAUGCGGCAAACAACCAAUGUAUCAGUGCACGUAUUGCCCUUAUAAGGCUACCUACAAGUCGUAUCUACAGGUGCACAUGAUGAAACAUACGAGGCAAAAUUUUACACCUCGCUUGUCCAUUUUUAAGCAACCCUAUCCAUGA